GCCGAGACCGGAAGCUUUCUUUUUUUCUCCUCCUGUGUAAAGUCCACAAGCGGAGGCCAUCUGAUCUGCUUUAAUAUCAACAGAUCUUCAUUUAAGUGGCUCUAUGAAAACUGCAAAUAGAAAUGGGGACAUGGGACAAUCUUGACAGUAGCCUUGCUCCAGUUUGAAAGAGUCUGAUAAUGUGGUGCAAGGACAACAAUCUCCGUCUGAAAGUGGAGAAGACGAAGGAGAUUGUUGUGGACUUCAGGAGAGAGCACACCCAGCAUGCUCCACUAUCUAUCGACAGUGCUGCAGUGGAGAGGGUGAGCAGCAACAAGUUUCUGGGUGUGCACAUCUCUGAAGACCUGUCCUGGAACAACACCGCAUCACUGGCCAAAAAAGCCCAACAGCAUCUGUACUUCCUCCACAAACUGAGGAGAGCAAGAGUCCCGGCCCCCAUCAUGCACACAUUCUACAGAGGCACCAUCGAGAACAUCCUGACCAGCUGCAUCACCGUGUGGUACGGUGCCUGCACCGUGUCCUGCUGCAAGACUCUGCAGCGCAUCGUGAGAGCAGCUGAGAAGAUCAUUGGUGUCUCUCUCCCUUCCCUUAUGGAUAUCUAUAACUCCCGCCUCACCCACAAAGCCGUCAGGAUUGCAGGUGACCCCACCCACCCAUCUCACAGCCUCUUCAGCCUGCUGCCAUCGGGGAGGAGACUGCGGAGUCUCCGGGCCAAAACCAGCAGGCUCAAGAACAGUUUCUUUCACCAGGCGGUCAGGAGGCUCAACUCCCUCCCUGUUCUGCCCCUCCUCCCCCCUCUGCCCCCUGCCACAGAUUCUGCUUGCACACCCCCCUUCAGCAUCUGACAUGUCAUCCUCACAGUCCCCCCCCCCCCCCCCAACACACACACAUACACAUACAUCUCAUCGUUCAUUAACACACUGAACUCAGGGACCACACAUCUCACUUUACCUCGCCCAUUUGCACUAUUCCGCAGCACUACCUCACCUUAACAGCUGCUAGUUUGUUUAUUCUGCUUAUUUCAUGUUUCAUGUUUACCUGCUAUACCUCAAGUGCCCUUGACUGUUUGGUUAUUUGUACCAAUUUAUGUGUGUGUGUGUGUGUGUGUGUGUGUGUGUGUGUGUGUGUGUGUGUGUGUACAUGAGUGUUUAGUUAAUAUCUAGUGUUUAUACUGUUUAUAUUGUUUGUUUGUUUAGUCUGUCUUGUUCUUAUCUAGUGUUUAUACUGUUUAUUUAUUCUGUUUAUAUU